UGCGCCACAGUCGAGCUGCGUUCCUGCUUCAACAGUGUUUGAACGGAACCACCACUUCGACUCUCGCCUCCUCAACGCUUCGUAAACGAGCAGACGUCAACAACUCUCUGUUCACAAGCCAACCCACCCCUUUGGGCCUGUUUGUUAAAGCAGUUUUUUGUUUAUUUGUUACGCUCGCAAACGAGAGAAGCAAAGACGCGCACGAUGACUUCCCAGGUUCGCCAGAAUUACGCGCAGGAUGUGGAGGCGGCCAUCAACCGACAGAUCAACAUGGAGCUGUCUGCCUCCUACGUCUACCUCUCCAUGGCAUACUACUUUGACCGUGACGACGUGGCGCUGAACAACUUCUUCAAGUUCUUCAAGGAACAGUCCCACGAGGAGCGCGAGCAUGCCGAGAAGCUGAUGGCCUACCAGAACAAACGUGGCGGGCGUGUUGUCCUCAAAGACGUGAAGAAACCUGAGCGUGACGAGUGGGGCAGUGGGCUCGAGGCCGUGCAGCUGGCGCUGCAGCUGGAGAAGAACGUGAAUCAGUCGCUGCUGGAUUUGCACGCCCUUGGCAGCAAGGAGAACGACCCUCAGCUCUGCGACUUCCUGGAGAGCCACUACCUCGAGGAGCAAGUGGAGGCCAUCAAAAAGCUUGGGGAUUUCGUCACCAACCUCAAGCGCCUUGGAGCAUCGCAGUCUGGCAUGGGAGAAUAUCUGUUCGACAAGCUCACCCUUGGCAGCAGCUAAAUCUCCAUCAUAACGUUAACACAUGACAACGCGUUAAUGUUUAGUUGCUUUGCCAGGGUUGCUUCCUAACGUAGCAGGGAGUUAAAUGUCGAUUCUUCAUCCAAAGUGCUUUUGUGAUGGUUCUCCCCCCCCCCCCCACCAUCUCUGCCAGUUGCUUUCGCUGCAUGUCAUGUGUAACAUUCUAAGCAAAAAUAAAAAUUGACAAGCAUGAUAAA